ACAGGAUGCUUGAUGAAGUGACGUUCUACAAAUUAAAGCAACAAAGAAGAACUUUAGGAUGGGUAAAAGUUUCUCCAGUGCAUCUUCAAGCAGGAAAUCUGAGAUUCAGAACAACUUAUAUUUUGGCUGGUAAUCGUUGAUCAUGGGGUGAUCCAGAAAUAAACUACAGGCUUCAAAGUGAGAGCAUUUCAAAGCUGCCCUGCAGUAGAUCAGCGCACCCAAGGAAAGGCAAGAGAUGAAUAUUAACGGGGAUUUUCUGUACUGAGACUUACCCAAGGAGAGAAGUCUUUGCAGCAUUAUUGUUUUGUUUCAGAAACCAUCAGGCAAGCAGAAGAUGGCUACAAAGAUUACGGCCACAACAAACACCCAAAGAAAAACAAUAGGUCAUGAGGAGUACAGUCUGUACAGUAGCAUGAGUGAAGACGAGCUUAUUCAACUGGCCAUAGAACAGAGCCUGACAGAGGAUCCCUCAGGUCAGUCAGCUGCCCAGAGUCAUCAGAAAUCAGUCAUGACAGCCCCAGGAGAGCCACCUACGUUGACGCGUCCUUGCUCUCAUAAUCCACCACACCAGAUUAAUGCUUGGCACAGGUUGGCAGCCCAGUCCGGAGGCCAAGCUCCGGGGUCAUCUUGGGGGGUCAGACGAAGGUACGACGGCAGCCUGUUCAUCACCCCCCAGCCUGUAGAGCUGGAUCCUGUAGUGGAAGCAAUCAAGGAAGGAGAUGAAAGUGCCCUGCUCAAUAUGAUGAAAUCAGGGAAGAACCUUUCCGAACCUAACAAGGAUGGAUGGCUACCACUGCACGAAGCUGCCUACUAUGGCCAAGCAGGCUGCCUGAAAGUGUUGCAAAGAGCAUACCCCGGAACCACGGAUCAGCGUACGCUUCAGGAAGAGACAGCGCUGUACAUAGCAACAAGCAGGGGAAACCUGGACUGUCUACUGUCUUUGCUGCAAGCCGGGGCUGAACCUGAUAUUACAAACAAGUCCAGGGAGACUCCACUCUAUAAAGCCUGUGAACGCAAAAACAUCGAAGCUGUGAGGAUGCUGGUGCAGUACAAUGCCGAUGCAAACCACCGGUGCAACCGGGGAUGGACUGCUCUCCAUGAGGCCGUCUCUCGGAAUGACAUAGACAUAAUUGAUAUCCUGAUCAAAGGGGGAGCCAAGAUUGAAAGCAAGAACACCUAUGGGAUCACCUCUUUAUUUGUGGCUGCCGAGGGUGGGCAGUUAGAUGCUUUGCGAUACCUUGCCAAGUGUGGUGCUGAUAUCAACACCCAAGCCAGCGAUAGUGCCUCUGCUCUUUAUGAAGCCUGUAAAAAUGGACAUGAAAAGGUGGUGGAGUUUCUCUUGUCCCAAGGUGCAGAUGCUAACAAAACCAAUAAGGAUGGUUUAUUACCUCUUCAUAUAGCAUCCAAAAAAGGCAAUUAUGCGAUAGUCAAAAUGCUGCUCCCCGUGACCAGCCGCACUCGGGUCAAGCGCAGCGGCAUCAGCCCGCUCCAUCUUGCGGCUGAGCGCAACAACGACGACAUCUUGGAAGAGCUAAUUGAGGCCGGCUAUGAUGUGAACACCACCCUCUCCUUUGAGAGAGCCCGACUCUACGAGGACAGGCGCAGCACCGUCCUCUACUUCGCCGUCAUUAACAAUAACAUCUACGCCACAGAGCUGCUGCUGCAAGCCGGCGCCAACCCCAACAUCGAUCUUAUCAACCCCCUGCUAAUCUCCAUUCGCCACGGUUGCCUGAAAACCAUGAAGCUGCUUCUAGACCACGGGGCGAAUAUUGAUGCAUACAUUUCUAGCCAUCCCACUACUUUCCCGGCCACCAUCAUGUUUUCAAUGAAGUACCUCAGUCUGCUCAAAUUUCUAAUGGAUCUGGGCUGUGACGCCGACUCCUGUUUUAAGUGUCAGUAUGGAAAUGGCCCACAUCCUGUGCUGGAUCAUAGAAGGGACAGAUUGGAUGAUACCCCGGUGAACAAACAGCCAAACAUAGUACAGUUCUGUGAUAUGGUGUCUGCUCCGGAGAUGAAUCGCUGGGCCGGGCCUAUUAUCGAUGUUCUCCUGGAUUAUGUGGGCAACGUGCAGCUCUGUGCCCGGCUAAAGGAGCACAUAGACAGCUACGAGGACUGGGCAGUCGUUAAAGAGAAAGCAGAACCCCCCAGGCCUCUCGCUCACCUUUGCCGGAUCAAGGUUCGAAAUGUGAUUGGGAGAAACCGCAUUAAACUGAUUGACACUUUGCCUUUGCCGGGCAGACUGAUUCGAUACCUACAGUAUGAUUAUUCACAGUGACCUCGUGCAACCCUGGUGAUCAGCAGCUUCCUUGUGCAACAACCCAAUUCAUUAGAGAGAAGAAUAUUCACAUGAUCAUGUUGAACGGACUGCAUGAUGGGAAGGAACCUGUGUCACAUGUCACACAGGAUCACCCCCUAGCUAAUCUGUGUGCAUUACAAUGCUGGAAAGGGAGAGAGAAGAAACGGAGAGUGAAAGACACAGAGUGACAGAGACAGGACAGACGAUCCUUUGAUUUUUUUUCCCAAAAGAAAACGAGAGCUUUGGAAUGUUACACACCUCAGAGAUCCGUAGGGAAGGGGACAGGAAAGCCAGCACUGAAAAACUAGCAGAGUCAAAGCCCCAUGACAUUGUGGGAUUCGAAAAAGACCUGAGGGUCUUUCAGAGGUUAAAGUUCUUCAGUGCUCAGGAGUCAGUAAUUGUCAAGAAUCUGCAUAUCUGGGGAAACAAUCACGUUUCCCUGAGUGUUAUUUUGUUUUCUGUCAUGUUAGACUGAGCUGUUUGCUGGUUGCUAAUUCUCUGGUACCUUGACAUUAUCUCUCUCGCCUAUUUAUUUCCAACUGUUCAAAACUCAGAGCUUUUGAGAAGAUUUUUUCUCCCCAACAAAGACAUUUUGUAAAUAUUGGUUCAAACCAAGAAGACUUGACUCAUCCUAAACUCCUGUUAAAGUCAGUGGACAUUUUAUUUGAGUAAAAAUACCAGAACUGAAGGAUUUAGCUCACAGUAAAUACUGUUUGUGGUAUAUUAAAUGUGCAUAAGAAGUAGGGCUCUGGUAUAAGUGAAUUUCUGCAGCGAAGAUCCAAAAGCAAUUCUGAAUUCCUUUUAACUGGUGUAAAUCCGAAAUAGCACCACAGAAGUCAAUGGAUUGUCUCCACCAUAAAAUUGCUAUGAGAGCAGAAUCAGACCCUGAAGUUCAGGUGACAGAUUUUAGUGAAGCCAAGACACUGAGCUACUGUUACUUGUAGAAGAGUGAGAUUAUUUCAAAAUUAUAAACACCGGCACUAAGAUUUUCAAAAAUUAGGCUCCUAUGUCCUUAUUUAUGCAUUUAAAUGGUGCCAGAUUAUGAUACACUUACACUGAACCAGGGCCGGCUCCAGGCACCAGCGCAGCAAGCAGGUGCUUGGGGCGGCCAAUAGAAAGAGGCGGCAUGUG